AUGCGACGCAGUUUUUUGGUCUUUCUCCUUUUCAGCCUUCUUAUUAUCGGUAUCCUAGUCCGCAGCGUCUGGACACUUUUAUCGUUACUUGUCGAAGAUGCUGCCGCUGAUGCGAUUCACGGUGCCGAGUUGCCUUCUCUGAACACCAGUCUGACCGACCAACGCCCUCAAAUGAUCCCUAAAAUUAUUCACCAGACCUACAAAGACGAGAAUAUUCCUGAAGUCUGGCUUGCAGCUCAGAAGAGCUGCAUUGACCUGCACCCAGACUACGAGUAUAUUUUGUGGACGGAUGAAAAAUCGCGUGACUUUAUCGCUGCCAAAUACCCCUGGUUUCUCAAAACCUUUGACAGCUAUGCAUAUCCUAUCCAACGCGCAGACUCGAUUCGCUAUUUCAUUUUGGCCAACUAUGGCGGAAUCUACAUUGAUUUGGACGACGGCUGCAAUCGUCAUUUAGAUCCCCUAUUAGCUUUCCCGGCGUGGCUACGCCGCACUGUACCAACUGGGAUCUCCAACGAUGCAAUGGGCUCCGUACCCCAACACCCCUUCUUCCUACGCGUAAUCGAAUCACUUCAGCAGUACGAUCGCAAAUGGCCUCUUCCAUAUAUCACCGUCAUGUAUUCGACUGGGCCGCUUUUCCUAUCAGUUAUCUGGAAAGAGUAUAUACAGGACACCCCGUCCGAGAUGAACCGUAUCCGUGUUCUCAUGCAGGAUGAGUACAAGAAUCACCCUUGGAGUUUCUUCACCCACUACACAGGAAACAGUUGGCAUGGAAAAGACGCGCAGUUAAUAUUUUGGGUAAAUAUAUUGCGAGACUACUGUCCGUUUGAUUUGAAUUACAGCUUACAGUGCGAAACAGAUGGGCCAACACUGGGUGCUUCUCACUUUCUGCGGUUUCCUCCUUGCCUUCGCCGUCGGCUUAUGCCUCUUUUGGACCUACCGUCGAGUUACUUUCCGGGGGGGAUCAGUAUGAUGAUCGAUACCAUUAUACCAGGGUCCAUUCAGGAAUCUGCCUUUCCAGUAUAUCACCCUCGAUUCUGCGACAUGCGCGUCGCGUGA